CAAGCAGAUACAGAUGACAAUGGACUGGGCGAUGCAUGUGAAGGCUCUGCAGUUCUGGUGCUGGAACCUGCACUUGUAAAGGUCAAUGAAGAUGCCGAAGAAGCUCACUUCUGUUUUCUCAUUGAAGACCGCAUGGAUGGGUGCCCUGUUCCUUUCCCAUUUCAAAUCUAUCUCUCUACUAUUACUGGCACUGCAGAUUCUCCAGGAGAUUUUAGUGCCGUCAGACAGCAAAUGCAACUCUUCUUGAACUGUUCGAAAUCUCUUUGUGUGAGUAUACCAAUCAGAGAUGACACAGUUCUGGAACUCGAGGAGACGUUUGAAGUGUCCGUGGAAUUGGGUACCACUGCUGCC